GUCACAUUAUCUGCUUAUCCUCUCCUUGGCAGCACUUCCUUGUGUUACGGAGACCAUUGUCUAGCCAACAAUGCCUGACUUUAGAAUGUUGCUUAGGCUGCGGUGUGUAGCUAUGAUGGGGAACCUGUUGCUAUGGCAAUGAUGUCCAAAUCCCUGCUGGCUUUCCCCCUGUUGCUCUGGUUCCUCCAAGGGGUGAGCAGCUGCCUUCAAUGUGAUCGUCACUUCUUGGACUCUGUGGCCACCUUGCUGAAGGAAAUGCUGCCAGUAGAGAUCCCUGAACGUAGCUCCUUAAUUGCACGGCACAUCAAGGCCUUGGCUGACUUGCAUGGCACUUUCCUCCAACACAACUAUGAACGAGUCCUGGAUGUCCGAGGAGCGACAUCUCUCAAAUAUAACAUCAUUAAUCAGUUGCGUGAGAUCAAGAAGCAACCAUGGAAAGGGGUCUUCCUGUGGCAACUCUCCAUGUACCAUUUCAGGGUCUCCCUGCGGAAGCAGAUGAAGCAAACUCUUGAGCAAUUUGCUGACUUAGCUUGCUCAGAGGAUUGCACAGUGACUGAGGGCCCCAUUUUGGACUGCUGGACCUGCUUGCGUAUUGCCACCCAGUGCUUUGAUGGCGAGCUCUGUGGAGUGGAAGAUGCGCAUAUUGCAGAGCAUAAAGAAAUCAAUCUCUACGUGUUCCUUGUGUGUGAGUCCGUGCUGAUUUCUUCAGCUGUGCUUGUGUAUUUGGUGUGCUUCAAACACAAAAAGAAGAUGUUGCAGAAAGCUCUGGCCCGCUAG